ACAUUACUCCAUAUUUUAAAUCAGCUUGACGACGGAUUCCAAAAACAAUGGCGAAACAUGUGAUUUCCUCCAAGUUCCUCAGCAGCCACGUCGCUGUAAGCCGUAAAUUCUUCUGCUCCUGCGCACUACCUUCCCCUAGCGCCAUUCAUGAUCCACCCGAAGCUGCAAGCAAAAACCUUCAAGAAGAGUUGCGGAAGCUCCGAAUCCUUCUGCAGCAGAAUCGAUGUGUCAGUGCAAAGAAUAUCCUAGUCAAUCUUGCGCACUCAAACUCUGUCUCCGAGCUUUACAAUGUCUUCUGUGUCCCUGUAGCCGCAUCGACGAAGCCCCUUUUUGCUGACAUGCUUUUCUCCAUUUAUGCCGACUCCAGGCUACUUGAUAAAGCAAGCGAGCUGUAUUCGUUGAUGAGAAAAGAAGGUAAGUUCCCUUCUUUGUCUGAUCUCAAUUCGUUUCUUGAAAUGCUGAACAAUUCGAGACAGUACGAGAAGGUUCUCGAAGUGUUUUCGGAUGCGGUUAAAACAGAUAUGCAGGUCGAUAGUUGCAGUUGCAAUGUAGCUAUACAAUCAGCGGUGAAGCUAGGAGACUUGAGACAGGCACUUCAUGCAAUGGAUUUCAUGAGAAAGUCUGGGUUGCGAAUGGAUUCUUUUGUGUACAAUGUGGUCAUGGGGGGCUUUUGUAAAGAGAGAAGGGUCAGCGAAGCACGGAAGCUGUUUGAUGAGAUGCUCCUAAGAAGAGUGACACCUACCAAGGUGACUUUUAACAUUCUCAUUGAUGGGUACUGUAAAGUGGGGAACUUGAAAGAGGCUUUUAAUGUGAGGGAAAAGAUGAAGAAUGAAAAUGUAAAGCCAAAUCUGAUCACUUUUAACACUUUGCUAAAUGGGCUUUGUAAGACGGGGAGAAUGAAGGAAGCUAACAUGGUGUUGGAAGAAAUGAAGACUUAUGGAUUUGUUCCAGAUGGAUAUACAUACAGUGUACUCUUUGAUGGGCACUCAAGGUGUGCUGAUGUUGAUUCAUCUUUGGCUUUGUUUGAAGAUUUGGUGAAGCAGGGGGUUACAAUGAAUGAGUAUACUAUCAGCAUUUUGUUGAAUGUGUUGUGCAAGAAUGGGAAGAUGGAUAAGGCUGAGCAGAUUCUCAAGCUGUUGAUGCAAAGUAGACAUACCCUUACAGAGGUGAUAUUUAACACAAUUGUCAAUGGCUAUUGCAAGGAAGGCAAUAUGGAGCAGGCGGUUUCAAUUAUUGAAGCAAUGGAGAGUUGUGGAUUGAAGCCAAGUUGUGCAACAUUUAACACAUUAAUCGGUACGAUAUGUAAAUCUGGAAAGAUGGAAGAGGCAGAGGGAUUGCUUAGAAAGAUGGAUGAGAAGCAAGUUUCUCCAACUGUGCAGACAUACAACAUCUUAAUAAAUGGUUACGGUUGUAGACAUCAGUUUGAUAGGUGCUUCGAGAUUCUUGAGGAAAUGGAAAGCAGAGAACUGACGCCCAAUGUUAUAACAUAUGGUUCAUUAAUAAAUUGUUUGUGCAAGGAUGGUAGGCUUCCUGAGGCGGAAGUGGUUGUGAAUGAUAUGCUUGUUAGAGGGGUUAAGCCCAAUGUCCAAAUACAUAAUAUGGUUAUAGAUGGUCACUGCACCCGCGGAAAAAUGGAAGAUGCUUUCCGGGUCUUGGACAAGAUGGUCGGGAAUGACACUGCACCCACAAUUGUAACAUACAAUUCGUUAAUACAUGGCUUAUGUAGAAAUGGAAGGGUUAGGGAUGCUGAGGAAUUAAUCCUAGAGAUUCCAAAAAGAGGUCUAAAUCCUGAUGUUAUUACAUAUAAUUCUUUGAUCUCUGGCUACUCACAUGAAGGGGACACUGCUAAGUGUUUUGAAUGGUAUGAGCAGUUGAAAACAGCUGGUGUUAAACCAACCGUAAACACUUAUCAUCCCCUAAUUAGUGCUUGCAAAAAGAAAGAGAGUGGACUGACUCUAGUUGACAAAAUUGUGCAAGAAAUGUCCGUAAUGAACCUGUCUCCUGAUAGAGUUGUAUAUAAUGAGCUAAUUAAUUGUUAUGCACUUCAUGGAGAGGUUGGAAAAUCAUUUGCGCUACUUGGUGAAAUGGAACAACAAGGAAUUAUUGCUGACAAGGUAACCUGUAAUAGCUUGAUUAUGGGCCACUUGAUGAAGGGAGAGAGUUUAGAAGCACAGAACGUGUUUGAUUGCAUGAAGGCUAAAGGAGUUGUUCCUAAUUCUGACACUUAUAACACUCUGGUUAGUGGACACUGCAAGCUAAAUGACUUCAAUGGAGCACUUAUUUGGUACAGAGAAAUGUUUGAGAAAGGUUUUUUACCAGCUAUCACUAUCUGCAAUGAGCUUAUUUCUGGCCUUAAGGCUGAAGGAAAAUUUGAGGAAGCCAAGAUAAUAUGCUCAGAAAUGAGUGUUAAAGGAUUAGUGGGAUGAGUUAAGCUCAAAUGAGGAUUUCUUGCGUAUAUACUUGCUGGGCUGAAGUCAGCUUGAGUUGAAAUGAGCUGAACUUAAAUGUUUAGUCUAGAAGUGUUCCUCUUCAGCCGGGUGUUUCCAGCCUUUCUAUUCCCAUCAUGGCCUUUCUCUUCAGCCGGGUGUUUCCAGCCUCUCUGCUCCUAUUUCUCACCAGACCGAUAGCCAGGUUAUCAAGGCAGAGCUCUAACUGAAGGUACAAGCCUGAAGUUGAAAGCUAUGAGUUUGGAUUAGUACUUGAGGAGUAGAAGAUACCACUCUUUCAUCCUGUUAUAGAUGGCUAAUGGGUGCCACUUAUAAGUACAUCUUUUAUACCCUCAAUUGCAGAUUUGCAAUUAAUAUCAAGGUGACCUUGUUUGAGGACUUAGAGCCAUAUCGUGGCAUCCUUGGGUAGAUGAGGAGGUGAUGAAAUGCCAACCGAUGAAGAUCAAUAACUCAUUUGAAGUGAUUUUGUUCUUAGCUUUCAGUUUUGUUUGGUUUUAAACUUAAUUAAUUCUUAAUAGGCAUUAAAUGUUCGCGAGCCGUCGAGCUUCAUAUUAUUGAACUCUAUUUAUUGAGUAGUUAUAAAUGACUUAAAGUUGCUAGUUGCUUGUGUAAUUAGGUGACUAAACCUUGUUAUGGAUUCAAGGUACAUAGUAAUACUGGGUGAUUUUUUUCAGAGUAUACUAGGGUGACCUUCAUUGUAAUGAAAUUUAUUGAUGUACAAUUGUACGGAGUAAUAUUACCGUUUGCAUAAUUGCAUUUUACGUAUAACAUACUACCUUUAGCAUUA